GAGGAAAUGAUACAGGGAAACAAAAACAUGGAUUCCCAAAAGCAUUUGAUGUCCCUUCUUGGCCCCAGAGACUAUCUAGGGUACUCUGCUCUUCCCUUUUAAGCUGUGAUGAUCCCUGUGUUUGAGGAGGUAUGUUUCCAGGAAAAAAAAAAAUAUUUUCAAACUAACUUUUUUCUCAUAAUUAAAAAAAAAAUCUGUUGUAAAACUUAUUUCUGCUAUUAAAUUAGGCAUCCAGUUUACAAUAAGUGGCCUCAUUAAGAUACUUUUACAGACUCAACAUUAAAUAUUACCAUUUCAGCAAGCUAAAAUCUGCAUACCAGUGUUGGAUGAGUGGUCACAUGUAAUGUGAGUUGCAGAUUUAUAGUCCACUGAACCAUGUAGUGGGUUUGCAAUUAGCAGAAUAGUCAAAGGAUUUGAUGAAAACCAGAGCUAUUUCUGUGACCAGAUCAGUGACUGUUCCAAAUGUUUUUCCUAAGGACAAAGUGUGCUCCUCCGUGAUGGGACAAGAGCCACUCUAAAAGGAGAAGUCGAUCUCACUUGGAUGCAUUUGAUUGGAAAACACUCUCCAGGGGUCAAUUCUUUCUCCAGCUGGUAGAGUUCUAGCAGGCCGUGAUAUGUCAUCACCGAUUCUAUUCAAGGAUUAAUGGCUCCAAAGAACAAGAUGCCUCACUAAGUCUUCCUGUAAGAUUAUACCCAAGUGUGGCUCGUCCCACCAUUCCAGUCCCCUUUGCACACUAAGGGGCAGAGGAUGGCUUUUCACAAGUCACAGAGCAACAGGGCACAUGGAUAAUCCGUGCAUGUUCUAAACCACCUCUCUAGGUUCAGGCCAAGUCAUAGCGUUCAUGAGAAACUGCCAAAACAGAAGCUCGCUUGCUCAGGGGCAGGCAGGGGAGGGAGAGAUGGGAUUUCUUUAGAACCAUCUCUCACCAUGAGGGAAGGCUACAGUGUCCCUGGAGAGAUAUUGUCUGAUUCUACUAAUUUAGCUCAAAUGACCUUGAAAGGCUGAGGGAUUUCUGUUACUGCCUCUACUCCAUAUAUAAAAAGCUCCAACAAUGAGGUUUCAGAAUAGUGCCUGUGGCUUUCCCAAAGCGGAGCUGAGGAGGCCAGAACCAGAACACUUGCGCUCCUUUGCACCGUCACAGGAUAUCAGUCCACCUGAGAUUCAUCUGUAAGGGAUGAACAGCCAGUACAUGCGCAGGGAAGUCUUCUGCUGCGAGACCUGCGAUGAGCUCAAAAGCUUCUGGGAAAAGGAAAUUAGCAAACAGACUUGUUACCGAGAACUUGAAGAAGUUCGCCAGGAGAGAAGCGCUCUGAGAAAGCUUCGAGAAGAAUGGAAGCAGAGGCUGGAGAAGAGGUUGAGAAUGCUGGACAAUCCUGAUAAUGAGGGAAAGCAAGCUACCCCUGAGAACUGAGUGCUUCUGGCAAACCAUCAAGGGCAUCUUCUUCUAAAGGAAAAAGACUUCCAUGAGUUAUACUGACUCACAAGCAGAACUUCCCUGUCUGUUCUCCCAUUUGAGAAAGGACAUACAUGUAAACCACCCUGUGCUAAUGGGAACUGUAUCUAGCUCAACCCUCUCCACACAGAGGACAGGGUAACUGCAGCGGUGGAUGCUUGGAUUGUUUAAUGUAAAAAGCUCUUUGAAUUAGUACCCCUCCCCAUGUAGUAAAGGUGGUUCUGCCUUCUAUCCCCAUCUUGAAAUCUAAAUGCUUUCCCUGAGCUUGCUUGAGGCAAUGACCUUGAUGGAAUCCGGCUUCUCCACAUCUCCAGAAACAGAUCACAAAAUUGUUGUCUCCUUUCCUCCUUUUUUGUGUAUACAAAGAUGCCACAGCCUGCAGAAAUAAAACUAGUGUGAAUUUUGAAAUUUCAACAAUAUGAUUUGAAAAUAAACUGAAUUAGUUUUCUCUUCCUAUAAA